AUGAUCACUCUGUCCCAACUAUACUAUGUUUAUGCUGCCGUUUCUCUGUUGACUAUUGUAUUUGGAUGCUCUAUUGCCAUCAACUGCAGACAGGUGCUGAGUGCUCCGCUUCUUUUACUUUCUCGUCAUCGCUAUCGAACAGAAAUGCGAAAGUGCCAGGGACUGUUUGGGUCUCUUAUUCUAUAUGUUACUUUUUUCUAUGCUCCAUUGGAUAUCAUUUUAACUGGAGAUCAUGAUGGUUUAACUAGUGAGAAAAGUGUGGUUAUCAUGGCAAAUCAUCAGAUCUAUACAGACUGGUGGUAUAUAUGGAUUAUUUGUUGGUUUAGAAAUGCCCAUUGCAACCUAAAAAUUAUGCUCAAGGCUAGUUUGCGAUUUCUUCCAAUUCUAGGAUGGGGAAUGACAUUUUUUGAGUUUCUAUUCAUGGCACGCAAAUGGAGUAAAGAUAAGCCAACAUUGCAAUUCAAUCUCACUCGAGCCAAAAAUGACAAGCUACCAAUAUGGCUUCUCAUCUUCCCAGAAGGCACAGUCAUUACCGACGAUACUCGAUCCAAAUCACAAGCGUAUGCAAAAAAAGCGGAUAUCAGUGACAAUCCUGACAAUGUUUUGAUUCCACGAAGCACUGGACUAUACAACUCUCUUUUGUUGCUACAGCCAGAUGUGGAGUAUUUGUAUGACUUUACAAUUGGAUACUCGGGGUUGGCUGAGCAUGAUUGUCCAUACGAUAUGUAUCCAACAACAAAGGUGUUUUUUGAAGGACGAGGCCCAAAACAGAUUCAUGUGCAUGUUGAUAAAUUCAAGAUAGUGACGCUUCCUGGAUUUGCUAUUGCUGAAGGUGCCGAAUCAGAGACCAAAGCCGUGGAGGGAAAUCCAAUGGAUGGUGAUACCAAUCCAGAAUUCUCUUUGUGGCUACGUAAACGAUUUUUGGAAAAGGACCAAUUGCUGAGGCAGUUUUAUAAACAUGGAUCGUUUCCAGAACAAUCCCAUGAGGGUAUUGGAAAGCGAGAGGUGAUGAGUGUGGCAUGA